UUGGUAUCCAUCGAAAAGUAUCGAGUAUGUACUUGUUUACUUGUAUUUACUCGUAUUGUUUCAUCACUAAUUCCUAUUACCAAAAGCCCUUCGAUCGAAAUAAUGUAUAUUGCGAUGCUAAUUAUAAAAUAUGGUUCCAUUUCUGUAAAGUGUGCAGUGUUUAAAUUGUAAAAAUACAAAAGUUUGUAAAUAACAUGCUUACUUACAUGCAGACGACUUGCUGUGAGUAGCGUGGAUUCAUUGUGAAAAGUGUCGGAGGCAGUUGCAUAAAGAUAUUUUGGUUGGUUGCACAAAUUGGUAGCCGUGGUGUGCCGUGAUCUUGUGUAGCAAGCUACGGUUCCCUAAGUGCGUGCCGUCUCUAAUCCACCAUCGGAUACAGAGCAAUUUGUAGCAUCUGACGGUGACAAUGAGUUAGACACAGCAGCCAAAGACACAUCAAAUCCACACAGAAAGAAAAUCAAAAACAACCAUCCAUUAUCCAUUCGCUUUUGGCUUUAAGGUUAAAGUAUUUGACAAAAAGUACGGACAUGGCUGCUGCGGCUCCCAAGAAACAAGAUGACAAGUUUCUGCUGGUGCUGCGAGAGUUGGUGACAUAUGGUGGUGGCAAUCGGCAAUGCUUCGACUGUGGCCAAAAGGGUCCAACAUACGUCAACAUGACAAUUGGAACGUUUGUAUGCACACGAUGUUCAGGAGUGCUGCAAUUUUUAGCUAAAUGUAGCCGUUGUCUGGUGUAAAUGGCCUUCCGACAAAUCGCUUUCAAUGAAGUUGGCCAGCUGCCUACUUUCGUUCAACUUUUGGUUGAACUAAUCGCCUGUGAGAGUUGAAUCAUGUAAAUGAACAUUUUGAUCUUUAUAAACACACUGAAUGUCCAGUCGCCACUAUUGACUCACUAGUAAAAUGUAUACGCUUAUUGUUUCAUGAAAAUUA